AUGAUCGAAGUCCACUCCGCAUGCUUCCCCAUUUUCUUUUUUCCCAUUUUUCCCUUUGUCCAAAACGUCAUCUUCUCCAACAAGAUUGUUAUAUUCUCUAAAUCCUAUUGCCCGUAUUGCCUUCGUGCCAAGCGGAUUUUCAGUGAACAAAAUGAGAAACCUUAUGUUGUAGAGCUUGAUCUCCGAGACGAUGGAGGUAAAAUCCAGUAUGUUCUUCUGGAUUUGAUAGGUCGAAGCACUGUUCCACAAGUGUUUGUGAAUGACAAGUAUAUUGGAGGCUCUGAUGAUCUCAGAGCUGCGGUCGAUGAUGGUACAUUGCAAAGGCUUCUAGCUGCAAGUUGAUGAACUGUUAGAAAGAAGGAAAUACAAUCAUUCGAUCUGAUU